ACGCGGACUCGCAUGUGCAGUGUGACGUUGCGCACCGGGACCGGCUACUACGAUGUGAAUAUGCAGAUAGUCGGACAAACACACGCGAUGCGAUAAAACGUUACGGUUUGAUCGGAGUAUAAUGGAGAUUUUUAUCCGUCGCCAUUUGUUUUCGCUCGCGCGAGUCGACUUGGAUACGGUUCGAUUGAUCCAUUGAAAAAAUUCAAUCAGGUCUGAUCUGGCAGUGAUUUUUACUCUGACGGAUCGAAGAAAAUCGGUCAAUACUUGACGACAAUGCGCUUAUAAUUUUAACUGUACACCGAGACUGUUACCGAUUUGUGAUAAUUAUUAAACCGAACAUUCGAGAUAUCGUGGUUUCAGUUAUCCCAUUAUUUUUCACCGAUCCGAGAGUAAACUAUGGUGGCCGAUACAUCGACAUUCGACAUGACGGAGGAACUUCUUUUUUCGGCGUUGGGGUUCGCGACAGACCCAAGCACCGAUAACCAUCAGCUCCUAGAGUCGCCAACGUUCACGACGAUGUCGUACGAAUACGAGACCCCGUGUACAACACCGACGAGCGAAACGUCCGAUCCGUCUGACUAUACGCUGACGCCAUUGAGGGAAACGCCGGAAUAUUACAACGGAAAUUUAUCCUCAUCGCCGGAAAUGGCGUGGAGCGACUGGUCCUGCACGAACGGUUCUACGUCAUCCUCGGGAUACCUCAGCGAGUUCAGCGAGCUUAGCGAACUUGACUCCGAACUAGAAUGGUGUUUGGAUCGCAGCUGGAACGCCGGCCUACCGGAGAGAACCCCCCUCUGCACUCCUGGCUGCGAGGGAUUCUUGCAUCUUCCCUUACCACAGCCGCAAGUUCAGCAGCCUCACUUUCAGCACGACGAACCGCUACUUAUAUUAGGAAUCGAUCUUCGCGCGAUCGAAGAUUCGCUAGGCACCGAUCAAAACAACAAUCAAAUAGAGGAGAACUUACUCGUACAAUCCGCAGCUAACGCAGCUCUUGCCACUCACGACUACACAAACAGAAAUCUAGCUAACGCCGCGGAAGAUCGAUGCUUUCCUUGCACUUAUCAAGGUUGUGCAAAGAUGUAUGCAAAGGCGUCGCACUUGAAGGCCCAUUUGCGGCGACACACGGGUGAAAAACCGUUCGCGUGUACCUGGGCCGGAUGCGGUUGGCGUUUCAGUAGAUCAGACGAGCUUGCCCGGCACCGCAGAUCACAUUCCGGCAUAAAACCUUACUCCUGCGAAAUGUGCCCGAAGAAGUUCGCGAGAAGCGACCACCUAGCCAAGCACCGUAAAGUCCACAGGAAGAACGCAUCGCCGAUAUUCCCGGGUCCAGGAAAUAGGUGUUUCCGCACGACAAAAAUCAACCCCGUUUCCACAGAGGUGUGAUCAGCAUAAAAUUAUACAUCGGUAAAAAAUCUACCAGCUACGCGAUUCGAUGAUGCAUGUGCCUUACGAGUUUUACUUUUCGGUUGCUCGUGAUCACGACGAGUAUUACACGUAUUGCGAGCUUCAUUCGGCCCUCAAAAACAGAUUCGCUGAACCGAGAAAUGAAAAAGUUUUAAUAUUGUUUAAAGUUUUCGCUAGAUAACUUUUGCGGUGCUGGCAAAAAUUGUGCAAUUUUAGCUGAAGAUUUUAUUAAGGUAACAAGUGUUUUACAUGUUUAGAAUGAUAGUAGAAAUAGCAAGCUUUUUAUUCCGUGCAGCGUUUUAAAAUUCCAUUAACAAGAAUUUCAAAUUUUUUCAGACAUACGUUAUUACCUAUUUUUGCGCUUACAGUGAAAACUUUGGAUUGUUUUUCGGUCGUCGACCCAAGAAAAAUAAAUAUUUUCUUGUCUUUUCAACUGCAGAGUGCAGCAGUUUUUAUUUAUGCAUAAGGUAUGUAUUUAUGUACGGUAAAUUUUACCGUGUAUAUGCAGUUGUGCGUUGAAUUCAAAUUUAAAUAUAUUUCGUUAUAAUUUGCAUCCCUACAGCCGUUGCUAAAUACUUACAAUUAGCGAUUAACAUAAUUGCUGCGAUAUUUUCGGUCAUUUGCCUGAAGUUUUUGAGACGCUGAAUACUCUGAAAUGGUGUUUGAGUCGAUUUAGAGCGAUGGUUAUAUUAUACUUGCGAUUAUAGGUAUUAUCAAUGUAAAUAAUAUGUGCAAUGCACGCAGUUUGGCAAGGGCUAUUAUCACAGAUGAGUAUCGUGUAUUGUUUUUUUGUAUCAUUUCUUUUCGACGUUUCAAUCUCUAUGCUAACGCCGACACAUUCAUUUUCCAUAUCCACAAAAAACUUUCAUCUUUGCUCAAUUUCAAAUACAGAUGGAUAGCAACGGCUGCGAAAAAGACAUAUUGUCACAUCACCUCGACCACAGCUCUUAUUUUUAAGCCUCUAACACUCGUUGAACGUACCUUUCACAAUCGAAACCUGUUAUCUAGAUAAGGGUGUUGAACUAUACAUCGAUUCAACUUACACCUACGGGGCAUACCGUGAUAGUGUAAAAAAAACAGAAAAGCCAAAUGCGCAAGCGUCAAAUCGCGGCAUUCCAUUCAUAGAUUCAACUACAGUGAAACUUCAGUUAUAAGUUUUUCAUGGGGUAUGGCAAUACUGAUGUAUAAGUGAGAUAGCUAAAUAUUCCAAAACUUCGUAAUUGUAAAAUUAAGAAGUUACGCUUGUCAGCGGUUUUAUAGGUAUCAUCUUGUCAUAGAUGCAUUUACCUGUAGCGAAAUCGACUGAUUAUUAAUUACAAUAUUUUACCGUAGCCCGCGCCCGGUCAAAGCUAAUCCAGUGACAGUAAGUAAAGAAUCUUCCUGUCGACGAGACACUGACCUGGACUUGCCAGAACGUAUUUGGGACAUGAAUCGGCACAUGUCUCAAGUUACGCCAUUUAGCGGUAAAAAAGUAGACUAAACAUCCGAACGCGCGCGCCACCUAGCGAUAGGCAAGGUGAACGUCAAAUCAAAAGUUUCGACUAAAUAGUGAGCCGUCGCAACGUAUAACCGAAUACGUAACGUGUAAUGGCGAAAAACGUACAAGUGAAAUAUUUUCACAUUAUUUGUAGGCAGAAAUUUGCAGGGCCAAGAAAAUUCAACGCAGAAACGAGAAAAAUGUACAAGUGCGAAACGUAUAACUGAGGUUCCACUGUAGUUCGCGCCGAGUAUUUUUUCCACUGGUCAGGUUGACCAACGCAAUUGCGACUAGACGAUAGCUAUCAUAAUACGCAAGGAUAUAUAAGUUAUAUUGCUUUGAGAAUUUGAGGCAGGCAAGAUGUCACGGAUCUGUAUUUAAGUCAACAUAACCUCGAAACGCUUGCGCGUAUCGACUGUUCCCACUAGACCUAACGAGCCAGAGUUGGCUUGGUUGGCCAGCCUGUCUAACAAUAAGCAAAGAAAUUGGCGCAUGUGUACUUGAGUUUCAAGUUUCCUGAGAGACCGUCGCGAUAUUGUAUGAUAUGUAUAUUGUAUACAUAUAAUCGACAUAAGUUUAUCAUGUGAAUCGUACCGUAGAUUAAGCCAAAGAAUCAUGUGCCAAAUGUACUUUUCAUUUCUUUAUUUUUUAGCCUCUUUCGAAAGAACGAAUGGCAAAAAUCUCGUGCCAUAUUCAGAUAAUCAAAAUAUUUCCGCAAGGGAUGACGGGUAUAACAAAUAGAAGAACGUUAAGUAGGAAAAAAAUUAUAUAUUUUGUGUGUGAAAGAAUCAAGCGUUCGAUUCGUAUAAUACAUCCGUCGCUAAUAUGCAUAUAUGUGUAUACAUACAUAUGUUAUUACGCUUGUUAUUGCAAGAUACCUGAACGUCUGAACUUGACACGACAAAUAUAUGUACAUAUACCGUAUACGUAUAAUACAUAUAUAUUGUAUAUUAUAAAAUAAUAUAUUUUAUAUGCAACAAACAAUACUCUUUUAUAUAGACAAUAAGUUACGCACUAUAAUAUACCGUAAACUGUAGAUUAGUGAAUUGUUUAGUGAUCGAAUGAAUGCAAUAAUUAAUUAAUUAAUUAAUAUUUUUAUCGAGUCAAUUGAUAGGCGUGUGAGAACAACUGUAAAAAACUGCGGAUCGCGCAAAAAUCAAUCUGCGUUGAUUGAAGAGGUGAGAAGGCGGUUUAGCCCGACGCGUAACAUUGCCAUACGUGUGCAACACCAAUCUCUAUAUUUUUAUUUUUUCCUUUCGAAUAUCUUGUACGUACAUACUCUACACGCAUAAGUCAAGCACAUGUUAUUAUUUUUAUACAUGAUAAUUUGUUCACGAUAACUUCAACGCGCGUAAUGAUUUCAAUGAUUCGAAAACGCGCUGUAUAGCUAUACUUGCGGCAGUUAUACUUAUAUAAGUAUGAAUAUAAGGAUAUAUAAUACAUAAUAUCUUUACUUUUAUUAUUAUUGUUGUUGUUAUUGUUAUUAUUAUUAUUAUUAUUGUCAUUACUACUAUAAACUUUUUUCCAACAGCUAUUAAACUAUUUCCAUGACAUUUGAAAAAGUAAUAAUAAAGUGCAAUUAUCA